GUUAACGCUUAAACGCGGCGUCGAAGAGUGUUGUGCAGAAAGAAAGAAGAAAGAAACCUCAGCAGUGCAUGCCACCACCAGGGGGAAGUGCGAAACCGCAGGACGGCAGAAGAAUGUGCAUUCACUGGCGUGUGUGGUUGCGGCCACUGCUCGUCGUACUGUACGUACUGUUCGUCAUCAUCGUCGUGCCGCUGCUGAUUGCCGACUCGGUGAAGGAUGGUUUCACCCGCAAAGGACAGCUGGUCCUGAUCGGGGGACUGUUUGUGCUGUGCGCCAUACCCAUCUCGAUAUGGCAGAUCGCCCAGCAUACCAUCCACUACACGCAGCCCCAGCUGCAGCGGCAUAUCAUCAGGAUCCUUUGGAUGGUACCGAUCUACGCACUAAAUGCGCUUCUUUGCUUAAUCUACCCUCGCAAAUCGAUCUACAUGGACAGUAUACGCGAGUGUUACGAAGCGUACGUCAUCUACAACUUCAUGAAGUAUCUGCUAAACUAUCUGAACCUCGAGAUGGACCUAGAGCGGGCUCUAGAGUUUAACACGCAAACGCAUCACUUCAUACCGUGCUGCUGUCUCUCGACCUGGCAGAUGGGCCGCGAGUUUGUGCACAACUGCAAGCACGGUAUACUGCAGUACACGGUCGUACGACCACUGACCACUGUCAUUGCAUGCAUCUGCCAGCUGAAUCACGUGUACGGGGAGGGUCAGUUCCGGGCGUCGGUGGCAUUCCCGUACCUGGUGUUCAUCAACAACUGCUCCCAAUCGAUCGCCAUGUACUGCCUGGCACUGUUCUAUCGAGCGACUCGCAAUGAGCUGCGUGCGAUGAGACCGUUGCCAAAGUUUUUCUGCAUCAAAGCGGUCAUUUUCUUUUCCUUCUUUCAAAGCGUCAUCAUCUACUUCCUCGUGUACUACGGCAUCAUCAAGGAUAUUUUCGACAGCAACACGUCGGAAUUCGAAUCCCAGCUGGAACUGUCGACGAAGCUGCAAAACUUUCUCAUCUGCAUCGAAAUGUUUUUGGCCGCACUGGCCCACCACUACAGCUUCUCGCACCACCCGUACGUGCUGAACAUUCCAGUAGGGCUGAUCGCCAGGGGCAGCAUCAACGGGAGCAGUGCGACGGGCGGUGGUGGCAGCGGUGCUGCGGGCAGCGGGUCCCAACCCUGGUACAGCGGUCUCCUGACCAUGCUCGACAUAUCCGACGUGCGGCAGGACGUGUCGGAGCAUCUGGGCGAGGUGGGCAGUUCGUUGAGCCGACGGUUUCGGGGCCGGGCGGUGUACGAUAUGGCUCCGGGCAGCAGUCGAACCUGUGAUAUGAACAUAAGCGGCACGGAGCGUGAAUUCCUGGUGCAGCAGGAAGGCGCCAACGGGUCAAACAUCCUAGCCAGCCAGUGCUACCAGAGCGGCCUGUACUACAGUGCAACGGGCGCGUAUCCCGGCGGACAGGCGAAAGCCUCCGGCAGUGGAGCGCUCGCUCCACGUUACGGUGCACUCGACAGUGGCAUCAGCAUCGUACGACCGAAGGCGGAAAAGCUUGUCGAAACACCGAACGAGGGUGCGCCGCCGAAAGAGAUCAACAUUUUCAACCAAUUCCCCUCGACGAAAGCGCUCAAUCUAACGCUCAGCAAAACGCCCAGUUACGAAAAUUUGAUUUCGCUCAAAAGCGACACCGAUCCGGCCACGACGUCACGGGGUGCUGGCGCCCGCAAAGCGAACGUAGCGAAGCAGCGAAGCUCGGGCGGCAGGCGACCACCACCGGACAAUAGCAACAGUGAAUCGAGCUCUUCCCAGCGGCAGAUGCAGCGUUCGGAGAGCAAUGGCAGCGAUUGGCUCAGUACGCCCGACGACGAGCUGGGCAUCGACGUGAAAGGGCUCAGUACGGACAAUAUUAACAUUAACCCGGAUAGCAAUCGGAAAGCGUAAAUUGGACGCGAUUUUCGGAGCUCUUGCUUAACGUUCGAUGAUGUAUCCUUGCAUAAUGCUCGCCAUAGCAGUAUUUGGUGUGUGAGCGCUUUGCUUUGUAGUUUAGACGAGACGAACAAAAUGCCUUGUGGCGAGGUGUGAUAGAACAUGGCCGCAUCCGCGCACUCCCGAUAUCACGGAGAAUGAUCAAUUGCGCCCAUAAUCUCUCGCGGUUCAUGCUUAGUGCCCGUUGUGGAAGGAUUGCUCCUUUUUUUCUUUUGUAAAAAUCUCAAAACAGACUGUGCAUUCAUCCUUUACUCGUACUCGUAUAUCGUAUCUGUGGUAUCAUUACAGGGGUUUUCAGGAGUUCUCAUAACUGUUCAACACUUAACUGACUCUUUCUUAUGAGAAAUGAACUUAAUGUAAUGGGAGUUGGACUAUAUAUCCCCCUUGUUUUGACAAAUCCAACCGGAAUUUCCAAUGAGCCUAACCAAAACGGGUGCCAUAGAGUCCAAUUUCCAACAUAUGAAGUUCACUUCCCAUAAGAAAGGGUCAGGGAAGUGUCUCACAAACAUUAGAACCCCUGGAAAACCCUGUAAAGCGAAAAUUCCUUUCCACAAUUCCGCACACCCAGUUCUGUGUGCCGAGCGAAACCUGAACACCGUACAUCGGCCACGGGGCCGUGUGGCUUCGGUGUAUGUGGCAAUAAUUAUUUAGGCUAACUAACCCCAUCUCCAUUCCCCCCCUCCCCCCCACAGUCAAACUGAUAUUAUAUAUAACCAAAAUGUAACUAAUUUCUUUCGAAAUGUGUAGGCUUUAUAUUGAAAUUUUGGGCCCCCGAUGCACGAAAUCGUCCAACGGAAAA